AUGGUCCAGGAAAAACAGCCCGGAUAUCUCAAUACUACGGAGAUCGACGAGGAACCCGAAGCCCUCGAGGGCUACAUCGUCGAUCCUAGUCGUUAUGCUGAUAAUGCAGCCAGGUUGAAGACCAGCCCCGACGGGCGUUACGUUCUAAUACCUCAACCCUUAGACACACCCGACGAUCCUUUAAACUGGAGCGGUGGUAAGAAGUGGGCCAUCAUCGCGAUUGUUGCCUACAUUGCUCUGCUGGCAGACUAUACCGGAGGAACAGCCAUCAUCACCGUCAUUCCUCAAUCUAUGCAAUGGCAACUCGCUCAAGCCACAGUACAACGGGCAGUGGUGGGCAACUUAUUCACGAUUGGAGCUUGCGGGCUUUUCGUCGUUCCACUAGCAAGCUACUUUGGCCGUUGGCCUGUCAUUUUAUUCUUUCAAUGUGUCAUGCUGGGAACGUGUGCGUGGUCUGCAGCAGCCACGAGCUUCCGAUCAUACCUCGCAGCUCGCAUAAUCAACGGGUUCUUCUGCAGUGUAGGCCAAGGAGGUGCUUUGAUGUGGAUUAAGGAUCUUUUUUUCUUCCAUCAGCACCCACAGGUCAUCAAUUACGUCGAGUUUUCUAUCAUUCUCAGCCCUUACCUCGGCCCUCUGAUCACCUGUUUCAUUGUAACUGAUGUCAGCUGGCGAUGGGCAUUCUGGGUAUGCACGAUCCUAUCUGGCGUGGGAUUGAUUUCGAUCCUAUUUAUGGACGAGACCUUGUUUGAUAGAAAGGCACCUCCGAGCUCUCGUGGUAAUUUCUUCACUCGCUUGUUUGGAAUACAACAUGCCAAAGCUCCGCGAAGAAGCUUUGUCCAGUGUAUGGCGCGUCCAGUCGUUGCCGUUACAAAGAUCCCAGUCUUGACGAUCCUGAUAUACUACUUCUUGAACUUUGCCUGGGUAAUUGGAGUCAACACUACCAUUGGGAUCUGGUUAAGCAGUAUCUAUAAAUUCUCCACGAGAGAAAUCGGUAUGUAG